UCUGUCUCUCUCCCACAGCGACGGAGCUCGUGAGCGGCCUGUCCAAUAACCCUUCACGUUACUGGGACCUGUGUGUCUGAGAGUCGAGUUGUGUGUUUUGUAUUCACCCCCCACCCCACCCCCCCCCAAAAAAAAAAGAAGAUGGCAGACUUUCGGGACGACACCGGAGCUCGAGCCCUACUGGCCUUACAAUCUGCCCCGUGCAGCCCUGUUCGAGUCGGGGUGACCUCACCCGCAUACCCUCCCAAUUUCACCUUCUCGGGCUCUUCGGUGCUGAGUCGGGGCUGCGCGAUGCCUCCUCGCCUCGAGUCUCCUCCUCGGGCCCUGGCCAGGCUCGAAGGCCGGGACUUUGAUUUCGUCAUGAGGCAGCGGACAGUGACCGUAGGCCGUAACUCGUCGCACGGCUCCGUGGAUAUAAACAUGGGUCACUCGAGCUUCAUCUCUCGGCGGCACCUCCAGAUCACCUUCGAGGAGCCGUGCGGGUUUUCGCUGCGCUGCCUCGGGAAGAACGGCGUCUUCGUGGACGGCGUGUUUCAGAGGAGAGGCGCGCCUCCCCUGCAGCUGCCCCGGGAAUGUGUGUUCAGGUUCCCCAGUACAGUGAUCAAAAUCCAGUUCUCCUCUCUGUUGUCUGGGGAGGAGUCGAGAGAGGAGGAGCAGCGGUCUCCCCCGACCCGCCUCACUCUCCUCCCACACAUCUCCCCCCUCAAGAUCAGCAUUCCCACAAUGCACCACGAGGACCUGCGACACCUGGUCAGCCCGCUGCCCUCUCCGACAGGGACCCUCAGUGUUCCUAACUCGUGCCCGGCCAGUCCGAGGGGUGCGGGGUCAUCGGGUUAUCGUUACGGACGCAACGUGACAUCUGACCUCCAGCUGGCUGCGGAGUUCGCUGCCAAGGCUGUCUCCGAGCAACAGCGGGGCGUUGCCGAGCAACACGGAGAGUCCGGCGGUGGAGACAGCCCCAAGGAUGACUCUAAGCCUCCCUACUCGUAUGCCCAGUUGAUAGUCCAGGCCAUCUCUUCAGCACCAGACAGACAGCUGACCCUGUCUGGAAUCUACACACACAUCACCAAACACUACCCCUACUAUCGCACUGCAGACAAGGGCUGGCAGAACUCGAUCCGCCACAACCUGUCUCUGAACCGUUACUUCCUGAAGGUGGCUCGUAGCCAGGAGGAGCCUGGGAAAGGUAGUUUCUGGCGCGUGGACUCGGCCUCCGAGGGCAAGCUGGUGGAACAAGCCUUCAGGAAGAGACGGCAGAGGGGCGUGGCCUGCUUCCGCACGCCGUUCGGACCGCUCUCGUCCAGGAGUGCCCCAGCCUCCCCCACCCACCAGGGUCUCCUCUCCCCUCCCUCCAGUGGUCUUCAGACCCCAGAGUGUCUCUCAAGAGAGGGAUCUCCUCUGUCUCACCACCACGACCUCGCUCACAAACUGGCCUCCGUACCAGAGUACAGAUAUACACAGAGCGCCCCAGGUUCUCCAGUUCAUGGCCAGCCUGUGAUCAUGGCCGCCCCGCCCCACCCCCUGCCCUCGGGGAUGGGUAAACCCCUGGCCUUGUUCUCUGGCCCCGGAGUCGCUGGGGGACAGACCCUCCACAUGCUGCAGAGCCCACCCAACACCCUCACCAUGCUCCGUCUGGUCACCACGGCUACGGCCUCCCACCCCCCAAACGGGUACAUCCUCACCCCUGGCGGGGGCCAGAGUCGUGGUAAUACCGGCGCUGGCCAGCAGGGAGCAGAGGGCACCGGCGAGCAGAGAGACUCGCAGCAGCAGAACAGGGAGCGAGUGAUCCAGUCGUUGGAGGGAGCUCAACAGGGGGCUCAGGGGUCAGAGGGGCGUGGCAUAUCUCUGGGGCUGCACCAACUUCCUGUCCGCCCUGUCACUCAGAACGGCAAACACACUGCCGUCGCCACGGCUACCGGCGUCGCCAACGCUUACGCUCUGACCAGUCCUCUCCAGAUCCUGGCAGCCCAGGCCUCCAGCUCCCCCCCAGUCCUGGUGAGCAGACAGCCCAGCGCGGGGCCUGAUGUUGGGCCGGAGGUGCCAGGCGACCCUCAGGCUAAGAGGCCCAAGAUGGAGGAGGACGAGGCGGCUCCUCCCCCCAUUCAGCAGCCAGUCAUCGUGGCCAUGAGUUCUCAGCCACACGACAACAGAAAGUAGAACUGCUGAACUCUAACCCCUUGACCUGGUGUCUAGAGGAGGAGGAGGAGCCUCUCUGGGUGAACCAUCUCACCAGUCUGACCCCUGGGUCCCAGUGUCUGCUGGUUCACCCCCUGACCUGGUGUCUAGAGGAGGAGGAGGAGCCUCUCUGGGUGAACCCUCUGACCCCUGGGUCCCAGUGUCUGCUGGUUCACCCUCUGACCCCUGGGUCCCAGUGUCUGCUGGUUCACCCUCUGACCCCUGGGUCCCAGUGUCUGCUGGUUCACCCUCUGACCCCUGGGUCCCAGUGUCUGCUGGUUCACCCUCUGACCCCUGGGUCCUGCUUCAGACCAGAGCCCUACUCCCAACAUAGUGUACUGCUUCAGACCAGAGCCCUACUCCCAACAUAGUGUACUGCUUCAGACCAGAGCCCUACUCCCAACAUAGUGUACUGCUUCAGACCAGAGCCCUACUCCCAACAUAGUGUACUGCUUUAGGUUUGAGGUAAGGACCAGCAGACACUGUGGCUCAGGAGAGGAGGGGCCCUGCAGGACCCGGUGUGUGUUUGGAGGAGGGAGGAAAGAGGAGAGGAGGGAGGAGGCUAAUCUAAUUUAGACGAUCUGAUUGUGUUUAAUUUCAUCAUUAGAAGAUGCUGAGUUCUAACCUGGGUCAACAACACACUGCAAAUACUCUGUACUAUAAUACUCUGUACUAUACUAUAAUACUCUGUACUAUAAUACUCUGUACUGUACUAUAAUACUCUGUACUAUACUAUAAUACUCUGUACUAUACUAUAAUACUCUGUACUAUACUAUAAUACUCUGUACUAUACUAUAAUACUCUGUACUAUAAUACUCUGCACUAUACUAUAAUACUCGGCACUAUAAUACUCUGUACUAUAAUACUCUGUACUAUAAUACUCUGUACUAUAAUACUCUGUACUAUAAUAUAAUACUCUGUACUAUAAUACUCUGUACUAUACUAUAAUACUCUGCACUAUACUAUAAUACUCUGUACUAUACUACUCUGUACUAUACUACUCUGUACUAUAAUACUCUGUACUAUACUACUCUGUACUAUAAUAUAAUACUCUGUGCUAUAAUACUCUGUACUAUACUAUAAUACUCUGUACUAUAAUACUCUGUACUAUAAUACUCUGUACUAUACUACUCUGUACUAUACUACUCUGUACUAUACUAUACUACUCUGUACUAUAAUACUCUGUACUAUACUAUACUACUCUGUACUAUACUACUCUGUACUAUAAUACUGUAUACCACACCUGGGUCACACAGGUGAUAUGAUACUGAUGCUGAUAUAAUACUCUGUGGAUCUCAGCUGUGUGACCCCGGGUGUGGAUCUCAGCUGUGUGACCCCGGGUGUGGAUCUCAGCUGUGUGACCCCAGGUGUGGAUCUCAGCUGUGUGACCCCAGGUGUGGAUCUCAGCUGUGUGACCCCAGGUGUGGAUCUCAGCUGUGUGACCCCAGGUGUGGAUCUCAGCUGUGUGACCCCAGGUGUGGAUCUCAGCUGUGUGACCCCAGGUGUGGAUCUCAGCUGUGUGACCCCGGGUGUGGAUCUCAGCUGUGUGACCCCGGGUGUGGAUCUCAGCUGUGUGACCCCGGGUGUGGAUCUCAGCUGU